AUGCAUGUCUCUACUGAUGGAAGACUAAAUGUUCAAAGUGAAUAUCUUCAACGCUUCAACAACAUUGUUGCCCAAAAGAAAAGGGUUUCUGAGCUGUGUGAUAAAAUUGACAAAAAGAAGUUUGGAGAAGUUAUUGGUCGAAGAUCUGUGCUUGAUCCCAUUAUCAAUGUCAUGUGUACUAAACCCAAGGAUGAAUCACUGAAGAUUCAUCUGGUCAGAAUGAAGACAAAGUAUGAAUACAUUGAAGUUGUAUUUUCUCGUGAGUUAGUCAAAUACGGCUACAACGAAUGGAUCCAAAUUCAGGAGAUUAUUGGUAAAUAA